CCGACGCUUCCGUCGGAUCAAUAUACAUAUAUAUGUACGCACAUAUAUAUAUAGUUGGAAGCGCGACGCGAAUCUUUCAGUAGGUUUCCGCGUGGUCGCGUAGCCUCGCAUCUAUCUCGUUUUCAUUUCUGUUUAUGUAGUCGAUGAGAGAGAGCGUGUGUGUGUUCUGUGGUUCCUCAUCCUGGUAAAUGGAAAAACCAAAUCCACAGGACAUUUAAGUAGCUGAAAUGGCAUCGAAACUGAAGAAAAUAGUUAUUAGUGGAGUAGCCGGAGCUGUGGGCGCCGGACUUGCAACUUAUUUAUUAUUAAACAAUGACGUCGACAUCGAUAGGUGGAGUGUUAAAGCGCACCAAAACCAAAAGAGAAACAAACGACCGUUGCCUAAACGCGAGGAACAAAUCAAAUCUCUUCAGACGGAAUCUUUCGACGUAUUGAUCAUCGGUGGCGGUGCCACUGGAGCCGGUUGUGCCUUAGAUGCUGUUACUAGAGGCCUUAAGACUGCACUUAUAGAAGCCGAUGACUUUGCAAGCGGGACUUCGAGCAGAAGUACGAAGCUUAUCCACGGUGGUGUUCGCUAUCUGCAAAAAGCUAUCAUGCAGUUGGAUUAUGACCAGUACAAAAUGGUAAAGGAAGCAUUACACGAAAGGGCUACGAUGCUCCAUUCCGCUCCGCAUCUGGCGCAUCCACUGCCAAUAAUGUUGCCAGUGUAUCAAUGGUGGCAGGUUCCUUAUUACUGGUUCGGUAUCAAGAUGUACGAUUUAGUAGCUGGUACGAAAAACAUUGGAGGCUCCUAUCUAUUAUCCAAGAAGAACGCCCUGGAGUUGUUCCCCAUGCUGCGCGGAGAUAAAUUAUGCGGUGCCAUUGUGUACUACGAUGGUCAACAGGACGAUGCUAGGAUGAAUUUGGCCAUAGCCUUAACUGCAACCAGACACGGAGCGACCGUGGUCAACCAUGUAAAAGUAACAGGGUUAAUCAAAGAACCGACCAAUGACGGAAAAGAAAUAAUUUGCGGAGUGCAUGUUAAAGAUGAGCUGUCGCAAAAAGAGUGGAAGAUACCUGCUAAAUGCGUCAUAAAUGCUACGGGACCUUUCACAGAUACUAUUAGGAAAAUGGAUAAUAUCAAAAUUAAAGAAAUAUGCGCUCCAAGUAGUGGAGUACACAUAGUUCUGCCAGGGUAUUACAGUCCAGAACAAAUGGGACUUUUAGAUCCAUCCACCAGCGAUGGAAGAGUAAUUUUCUUCUUACCGUGGCAGAAGCAAACUAUUGCAGGUACAACUGAUCUUCCAUGCCAGGUGACGCACAAUCCCAAACCAACCGAAGACGAAAUUAUGUUUAUCUUAGAAGAAGUGAAAAACUAUCUCAAUCCUGACGUUGAAGUACGCCGUGGUGACGUAUUAUCAGCUUGGAGCGGAAUCAGACCUUUAGUUUCUGAUCCAAACAAACCGGAUACACAAUCUUUAGCUAGAAAUCAUAUUGUGCAUGUGAGUGAUUCUAAAUUAAUCACUAUAGCUGGAGGAAAAUGGACAACGUAUAGAUCCAUGGCUGAAGAAACUAUAGACGCUGCAAUUGAAGCUUGCAGUUUGCAACCUAAAUUCGAAUUGAGCCAAACCGAUGGCUUAUUGAUGGAGGGAGCUCACGGCUGGACUCCAACAAUGUACAUUCGUUUAGUACAAGAUUUCGGUCUUGACUGCGAAGUUGCUCAACAUUUAGCAAAUUCUUACGGCGACAGGGCCUUUGCUGUAGCCAAAUUAGCAACUAUAACGGGUAAAAGAUGGCCAAUUAUUGGUAACAAAGUGCAUCCAGAAUUUCCAUACAUCGAUGCAGAGGUGCGAUACGGAGUUCGGGAAUACGCGAUGACCGCAACUGAUAUGAUUGCAAGACGUCUGCGUCUGGCGUUCCUUAAUGUUCAAGCUGCUCAGGAGGCACUUCCAGAUAUAAUCAACGUGAUGGCUGAAGAACUGAAUUGGUCCGAGGAGGAGAAGAAGAAGCAACACAAAGAUGCCACUGAAUUUUUGCAGUAUGAAAUGGGACAGAACGUCAACCGCGCCAGCAGAGAUAAGAUUCCGAUCAAUUUGAGCAAAGAUGAGAUUCAGACAUACAUCAAACGCUUCCAAAUUAUAGACACCGAUCGUAAGGGAUACGUCUCUAUCAAUGACAUUCGUAGAAGUCUCAAGCAUCUAGGCAUUCGAUUGAACGAUAACGAUGUUCACCUUCUCCUCAAUGACAUAGAUACCACUUACAAUGGCCAAUUAGAUUUAUCAGAUUAUUUACAGUUGCACGGUGAGAAAGAAGUUCCCGGUGAGGAAUUACAUGAAAUAUUAAAAGAAAUUGAUUCAAAUAUGAAUGGACAAGUUGAACUUGAUGAAUACCUACAGAUGAUGUCGGCUAUCAAGUCAGGUCAUGUAGCAUAUUCGAGAUUCGCAAGAAUGGCUGAACUGGAGGAAGAGAAGCAUGAAAAGGAAAUGCUGAAGAAGAAAAUUAGCGUUGAAAGGAGUGGCGGUGGUCUUUAAAUUGAAUUUUAAUUAUCUAAAGAAAAUCUUUUAAUUAUACCCGUUGUUAUUUAUU